CACAAGUCCAGAAGCAAUGGAGGGGAGGAAGAAGGAGAGAGUGAUGGCCGGCGCCGUCUUUCUGCUCGUCAUCCUGCUGUCGGCCCAGCGGCUGCCGGUCGGGGUUGCCGACCCCAUGUCGCCGUUCUGCCAGUGCUACCUGGGCUGCUUUGGGUUUGACCCAGAGUGCAGUGGCGAAGGGUGGCAGAGGUGCCAUGAUUACUGCUGCGCCAUAGCGUGCCGCUUCCCUGGGGACGCCGACUUCGACAGUGUGUGCGAGGGGUCCGGCGGGCAGCAGACUUGUAGUAGCACGGAGACCACCGGCUACGGUUGUUGA